GCCUCUUUACUUGAUCUCGCAUCCGCUCCGAUGUAGCCCAUUGCGUUAAGCUACCACGCAUGGUUGUUCAAUCCGCUCUUUCUUCCAUUUCAUUGAUACCCCUUUCGCAAUGGCUCCUCGCCAAUCAACGGCAGCGCCCAAACAACGAUAUCGUGCCAGACCAAGCGACAUACAGCCGGGCGAUCCACUGCCUACGAGACAGAAGCGGCGAUAUCGCCCGGGCACCGUUGCGCUGCGAGAAAUCAGGCAAUAUCAAGCCAAUACAAAGCUUCUACUCCUAAAACUUCCAUUUAUGCGACUCGUUAGUGCCGUCAUGACAACCCCCUUCCGACAGUGGACUUGCUUUUUUUUGAUACUGUAUAGGUUCGCGAAAUUGGAUUGAAUUGUCGGCCGAGAGGGAAAGAUUUUCG